AUGCAGUGUGUCAGUGUGGGGCAGACAACAUGGGGAAAGGUUUCUUCAUCAGUAAAGCUGUUGGGAUAGCGGCUAUCAUCGUGGGCGCAGGGGCCCUGGCUACUAUCAUAGCUCUGUCUGUCGUUUACUCACAGGAAAAAGCAAAAAAUAAUGAUAAUGUCUUGCCAACGGAUGGAGGAACAACAUCCAAACCACCUGUCACAACAACUGCCCCAUCCAAUGAACCUUGGGACAAGUAUCGGCUGCCAAAGAGCCUGGUGCCGGACCACUAUAAUGUCACCCUAUGGCCACGAUUGAAACAGAACUUGACAACUGGACUCUUCAUCUUUACUGGUCAAUCCACAGUGGAGUUUGUGUGUGCUGAGGAGACUGACCUGAUUCUUAUCCACUCCAAUAAGCUGAACUACACCAAACGUGAGAAUAACCACUUGGCAAGCCUUACCUCAUUAGGUGGAGUCAAAGCCCCCUCAAUCAAGUCUUCCUGGCUUCAGCAGGUGACUCAGUACCUGGUCCUACAGUUGGAUGGUAAACUGAUGAAGGACCACAGGUACCACCUCCACACUGAUUUUACUGGAGAGCUGGCCGAUGACUUGGGAGGCUUCUAUAGGAGUGAAUACAUGGAGGAUGGAGUGAAAAAGGUUGUUGCUACCACUCAGAUGCAGCCCACAGAUGCCAGGAAGGCUUUCCCCUGUUUUGAUGAGCCAGCUAUGAAAGCUAUUUUCCACAUCACUCUGAUCCACGACCUUGGAACUGUAGCUCUGUCCAAUGGCGAAGAAAAAGAAUCAAGCAACGUCAACAUUGAAGGACAUGAUGUGCAGAAGACAGUUUUUCAGCCAACUGAGAAAAUGUCCACCUACCUGUUGGCGUUCAUUGUCAGCGACUUUUCAUUCAUCAAUAACACCAUAGAUGGAGUUUUGAUCCGUAUCUUCGCCCGGACACCUGCUAUUGCUGCUGGGCAAGGAGACUAUGCCCUUAACAAAACUGGACCCAUCCUUAAAUUCUUUGAGAAGUAUUACAAUUCCAGCUACCCUCUGCCCAAGUCUGAUCAGAUAGCUCUGCCAGACUUUAACGCUGGCGCCAUGGAGAACUGGGGUCUGAUCACAUACAGAGAGACUGCACUGCUCUAUGAUGAAACCUUCUCCUCCAACUCCAAUAAGCAGAGGAUUGCUACCAUCAUUGCCCAUGAACUGGCUCACAUGUGGUUUGGCAAUCUGGUGACACUAAGGUGGUGGAAUGACUUGUGGCUAAAUGAAGGUUUUGCAUCCUAUGUUGAGUACCUGGGAGCACAUGAGGCAGAGCCUGAGUGGAACGUGAAAGACCUCAUCGUGCUCAGUGACGUCCACAGGGUGUUUGCCGUCGACGCCUUGGCCUCUUCUCACCCUCUGUCCUCGAAGGAAGAGGACAUCCAGAAACCCGCACAAAUCAGUGAGCUGUUUGAUGCCAUCUCUUACAGCAAGGGUGCAUCUGUUCUGAGGAUGUUGUCGGAUUUCCUAACUGAAAAAGUCUUCACAAUGGGACUCAGGACCUACCUGGCUGAAUUUGCGUUCGGGAACGCAGGCUACACAGACCUAUGGAGCCAUCUGCAAAUGGCUGUUGAUGCUACUGGCACUGACAUCCCUGAAACUGUUAGUAACAUCAUGAACACAUGGGUGCUGCAGAUGGGCUUUCCUGUGGUUACAGUAAAUACCAGUACUGGUAUAAUUUCCCAGAAGCACUUUCUCUUGGAUCCGGACUCUGAAGUCACCACUCCAUCUAUCUACAACUAUGAAUGGAUAGUUCCAAUCAAGUGGAUGAAGACUGAAACAAUCCAGCAUCCUAAAUGGUUAAAGAAUGAAUCAGUUACAAUCGAUGAGAUGAAAGUAUCAGGGUCAGACUGGGUGCUGGCCAACAUCAAUGUGGUGGGUUACUACAGAGUCAACUAUGACCAGGGCAAUUGGGAACGACUCCUCGGUGUUCUGAGCACCAAUCACGUGGCUAUUCCAGUGAUCAACAGAGCUCAGUUGGUGGAUGAUGCCUUCAACCUGGCUAGAGCAAAGAUCAUCUCUACAGUGCUGGCCCUCAGAACCACCAAGUACCUGAACAAGGAGAGAGAAUAUAUGCCCUGGGAGUCGGCUGUGGGCAACCUCGACUUCUUCUACCUCAUGUUUGACCGCAGUGAGGUUUAUGGUCCCAUGCAGGAUUAUCUGAGGAAUCAGGUCACCCCUCUGUUUACACACUACAAGAGCCUUACAGACAACUGGAAAAAUGUACCUGUUGGACACAUGGACCAGUAUAAUCAGGUGAAUGCUAUCAGCCUGGCUUGCAGGACAGGCCUCAGGGAAUGCCAAAACCUGACCAACCAAUGGUUCAAUCAAUGGAUGGAGACUAAACUCAACCCGAUCCACCCCAACCUGCGUUCCACUGUGUACUGCAACGCCAUCGCAGCAGGGGGCGCUAAAGAGUGGGAGUUUGCUUGGUCACAGUUUAAGAAUGCCAGCAUUGCCAUUGAAGCUGACAAACUCCGCUAUGCCCUGGCCUGCACGAAGCAACCCUGGCUGCUUAACAGGUACCUGGAGUACACUCUGGACCCAAACAUGAUCCGAAAGCAGGAUGCCACUUCCACCAUUGUCUACAUUGCCAACAAUGUAAUUGGUCAGUCUCUGGCGUGGGACUUUGUAAGGGCUCGAUGGUCAUACAUUUUCACUCAGUAUGGUGGCGGAUCCUUCUCCUUCUCCAACCUCGUCAACGGAGUCACAGAGCGCUUUUCCACAGAGUACGAGCUUCAACAGCUGAAGCAGUUCAAGGAAGAUAACGCUGAAGUUGGUUUCGGCUCCGGGACCCUGGCUGUGGAUCAGUCUAUUGAGAGAACAAUUGCCAACAUUAAAUGGAUCGCAGAGAACAAGCAGAAUGUUCUGGACUGGUUCAAGGCUGAAGAAAAGCCCUAAUGGUGCCUUACAUUAGUUCUACUUUUACUUUCUGUAAUUCAUUUUAUUUUUUUCAUAAAAAUGAAUUUUGCUUGGUGGAAGAUUUCACACAACAUCAACUGAAAGCAGAUUACUCUAGCUCUGCUUGACAGAGGUAGUAUGAAUCUUGAAAAAAAAUUUUUUACAAAUAUAAUCCGAUAUUUGAAAUAAACAAAGUUUGCUCGCCUAAGCUUUGUUGCAUCUCAGUUUGGUUGAAAUUAAGCUUAAAAAAGAGAAUUACAGUGUAUCUCAAAUUCUUGGGAUUGGGAGUACUAAUUAAAAAUUAAAUGUUAGAAAGCGGGCUAAAGAGGACAUUUUUAAUUUAAUCUAGUUGUUUUCCUGAAAUGACAAAAUUGCAUCCUCUUUGGCCUUCAGUUAAUAUCAGCUGAGGAAAGAUCCAAAUUAGCUGCAUUUUUGUACUGUGCUUUUCUCUGUAUUUAACAUGGCGAAGCUUUAUGUACUUUAUUCUAUUUUUUAACAUGUCACUUUAGGGGCUCUGUAAUUUCAAGAGUAAAUGUAAAAUGUAAAGAUAUUACCCCUCAAAAUACAAAAUCAUUUAUGAUCAAACUGGAUUGCUGUUGAAGAAUUCCUUUAUUUAUUAUUUAAAUUCUACAAAAGCUUUAUUUUUUUCUGGUUAUGAUAGCUGUCUGCUAUGAACAUCACGAGUCAGCCUGAACCAGGUAUUAUUAUGUUUCUACCUUUGUUUGGAUAAAAGAAGGGAAUCCCUGACAAUCCCUGCCACGGUUAUCAUCUAUGUUUGGAUCAAUCUAAAAAAUAUAGCUGUGGCCAUACAUAUUACUUGCAAAAGCUUUACAGCUAAUGCACACUAAAGGAUUAUGUACAAUUUUGUAAACUGGAUAUAAUGUCAAUAUGUGCACAGGUUAUUACUGUACAUCUGAAGGUAAAAAAAUUAUCACUUUACACACGAUUCCCAUCUUGUGCUGACACUUUAGACAUUUGAAGGCAACAAUCAUACUGUAUGGAAUGAGAAUAAACAUGUUUGUUAAGAA